AUGGCCAUGAUAAUACGAUCUGGUCGCCGAGACGAAUCCAAGAUACAAGACUCUGUCUACGACCUGGACUACCUCCGCCAUCAAUCCCGCUGGAUCCGCGACGACCUCGACCCGCAAGUCGCUCGCAGUGGUCCUGACGCCCUCCACUCAGACGACUGCUUGAAGCUGGAUGAGUUCCUCCGCCGUCUCCUGACUUCCAACAUCAGCUUGGACGACAUCCGCUUCAGCCGGCUUCACAAAGCCCUCGCCACCAUUUCUGGUCAGGCAACACGCUGGCCGGGUAGGCUCAUCGACAGAGCGGAUGCCGUGCUUGCGAUCUGGGAGAACAACUAUGGAUCUUUGAAGCGGCUUCCCAUCCCUCUGUACGAGCCGGGUGGUCGGCUGUAUGGCAUCUGUCGGCCUGAGGAUCUGAACAGGGAGAAGUUGAUCAUCAAAUGGUUGAAGGAGGUAGGGGUGAAGCUGAGUCCGAUGCAUGCGAGGAGGGUGGGUGAUUUGGGAUUCAAACCGGGAGAUUGGUGGAUCAAUCCGCUCUUUGCUUUUCGAGACGGCAUCAUCGAUUCUGGAGAACCUGCCGGAGGGGUCGUGUCCGACGAUCGCGGCGCCUAUGCCGUCCUGAUGACUGAAGAAGAGGAAGUGAAUGGCCCAAGCCCAGACGCCUUCACCUACCGGGCAAGAGAGCACGAUCGUGGCCGGUAUCGUUUGACGAGUGCGACGAGGGAGUCAAGGCAGCCUGUCCGGAUUCUGAGAAGCCACUCGCUGCGAAGCUUCUGGGCUCCUCGGGCUGGGAUCAGAUAUGAUGGGCUACACGUAGUUGUCGGCUGGUCAAUCAGCGCGAGUCCAAAGACGAAACGACCGGUCUACGAAAUCCAGUUCAAGCGCCUCGACAGCGAGCUGAAGAUGAGCAUCGUCCUCCGUCGUCCGUUUGCCGAUGAGUUGGAGGACUACAGGGAGUAUAAGCGGCUCCGUCAGGCGAUGCGGGAGAGUCGCCAUGAGAACGCUACGCCCAGGAUCGAGGUGCCACUUCUGGAGGUGUCGUUAGAUGGGAGCAGUGGGUCGGCGUCCUUUAGCCAUUCUAGGCGGGACAGCAUUCGUGGACUACAAGGGGAUGAUGUUGGUGUAUGGCAUUAA